CACUUUUACUAAGCAGCAAGUGGCCCCAGCAACCAGUGUCUCCUGCAGAAGCUCCAGGACUCUCACCCACUUGCCUGACUCUGCUUCGCCUUUGCCCACUGAACAGCUAUGAGGAGGCAGCUCCGGUCCAGAAGGGCUCCGGUCUUUCCUCACAGUUAUCGCUACAGACUUGAUGAUCAGGAUGAAGUGAAUCAGAAUUACUUAGCAGAUGAAGAGGAAGAAGCAGAAGAAGAGGCUCGAGUGAUGGUGGUACACAAUUUGGAAGAAGAGGAGGAGGAAGAUGAGGUGAAAGAAGAGGAGGAAAAGAAUGAGGAAGAGGGUCAGGGUCAGCCAACAAGCAACACCUGGUGGCGGAAAUUGCAGAUCAUGAAUGAGUACCUGUGGGAUCCAGAGAAAAGGAUGUCUCUGGCCCGAACAGGUCAGAGUUGGAGCUUGAUCUUAGUCAUUUACUUCUUCUUCUACGCCUCCCUGGCUGCUGUGAUCACCCUCUGCAUGUACACGCUAUUUCUGACCAUCGGUCCUUACAUGCCAACAUUCACUGAGAGGGUGAAGCCUCCUGGAGUUAUGAUCAGACCCUUCGCCCAUAGCCUUAACUUCAACUUCAACGUUUCUGAACCUGACACUUGGCAGCAUUAUGUGAUUAGCCUAAAUGGCUUUCUCCAGGGUUAUAAUGACAGUCUUCAAGAGGAAAUGAAUAUAGAUUGUCCUCCAGGGCAGUACUUCAUCCAAGAUGGAAAUGAAGAUGAGGACAAGAAGGCCUGCCAAUUUAAGCGCUCCUUCCUGAAGAAUUGCUCUGGCCUGGAAGACCCUACUUUUGGCUACUCUACUGGACAGCCCUGCAUUCUUCUAAAAAUGAACCGGAUUGUAGGUUUUCGUCCUGAGCUUGGAGAUCCUGUGAAAGUUUCCUGCAAAGUUCAGAGAGGUGAUGAAAACGACAUCCGAUCCAUCAAUUACUAUCCAGAGUCGGCUUCUUUUGACCUCCGCUACUACCCUUACUACGGCAAAAUGACUCACGUUAACUACACCUCCCCACUGGUGGCAAUGCACUUUACAGACGUGGUGAAGAACCAAGCGGUGCCUGUGCAGUGCCAACUGAAGGGCAAAGGCAUCAUAAAUGAUGUCAUCAAUGACCGUUUUGUGGGCAGGAUAAUCUUUACUCUGAACAUAGAAACUUAAGAAUAUCAGAGGGGCCACACUCACCAGUUCUAUUUCUGUUUUAUUUCAUGUUAUCCUUGGUAGCACCUGAAUUCUUUUUCUUCAAAUCAGGACACAGCCAGUUGGACACCUAAGAGCAGAUCCUCUUUCCUUGCCUUUGACAUAUGUAUAAAAUGACAUUGUGGGAACUAUUUGAUUUUUUAAAGGUGGUUUCUCCUGAUGACAGAUUAUAUUAAUUUCCUUUCCCCCACUUAAAACUAAAAUCCAUUCUUGCUGCUAGAAAUCUCAGUGUAGUACAAACAUAGUAUAUGAUAAAAUUCACAGUAGCCAUGAAGGAGAAUUUCUAUGAUGAUUAUAAAUUCAUUGUUUUCUAAAACGUUGUUGUUUUUAGAGGUGAGAUUCCUCCCAACUAGGACGAUAACCUGCUUGACAAGGUUCUUCUGUGGGAAUCACCAGUUAGAUCAACCCAGAAUAUAUCUAGGGCCAUGAUACUUAAGAAAUUCUAUAGCCUGUCUCAUGUGGGCAACUAAAUACUGAUUCAAAGACUAGGGUAUCUUCAACUGAAAGCAUGCUAACUGGAUAUUGCUCUGGAUAGAGAUGAAGACUUUGCUUAUGACUUUUUUUUUGGGGGGGGGGAGGCAAGGCCCACUGCAAUUGAGAAGAAUACCUAUUAUGUGGAUGUGAUUUGUAUUUGAUUCCUCGAUCUACGGUAUAAUCAUCCAAACAUUCCUGCAAACAGGGUUGUCUCAGCUUCAGGAAGAGGAGAGAACAAAGAAGAAAAUCUCUACCCACUAUUUCUUUUGGGCUAUUUGACAGUAGUGUGAUGAUCUUUGAGACCAUGAGAGAUGUGUGUGUUGACCCCCCAGCUACAGCUCUAGGGAUUGAAAUCAUGGUCUGCAACUGAUACAUUAUAAGACAGAAAGCUUCUUACAGGAAACCCUAAUUCAAGACCCAUUAGUCAGAUUUUCAUUUGCCUAAAAAUUAUAUGAAGCAGAUGUUUAUCCAGGCUAUUGAUCAGCCCAGCUGCUUUGUCAUAUCUUUGGCCACUGCUUCUUAACACCUCCACGAGGGGGAGAGAUGGGACAAGAAGAAGCGAACAUUAGAGAAUAGUGUAGUGUCUCAGGAUCCAAAGCUAGCUUAAAUGCCACCUAGAAGCAUCCAGAGUCUGAAACUACUCUAUAAUGUUUACCUUUUUUUCAAAAAGGAACUGGUUGUUUGGUAGUGAAGACAAACAAGUGAAGAAGUAAUUACAGUAUAGUGUGACCACAGUUCUAAAACUAAUAUGUGGAUAUGCUAUUGGAACAUGAGGAAAAGUUACUAACUUGAGCUGAGAAAGUAGCAGGGGAAAUUUCACAUGCAAAGUCACAAUCAGGAAAGAUUAUGGUGUGUUUGGUUAUUUGUGAGCAGUUCAUGUCAUUGGAGUAUAAAGGGCUCAGAGAAAUGGCAGGGGGUGACCGGGAGUUGGGCUAGAGAGGUAUGCAGGUACCAAAAGAGGACUUUUCAUUUUAUCCAGUAGGUGAAAAUGAGUCAUUAAAGCAAGGAAUAUCUGUGACCAUAUUUGCAUUUUAGAAAGAGCACUUUGGCAGCCAUAAUGUGAAGAGUGGAUUGGAGAUGAACAAGACUGGGGAAUGGGCAAUGAGGGAUAAAGAAGAGUCGAGAAUGACUCUGAGGUUUUGAGCUUGGCUAGAGCCAGUGAGAUGGUGAUACUGUUGACCAUGACUGGGAAUACAAGAGAGAAACAGUAUUGGAGAGGGAGAUGUUGAGAUCAAUUUUGGACAUUUUAGGCUUGUGAUUUCUAUUGGUCAGAUAUUGGUGUGGAGAUGUAAACACUAGUUGGGUUGGAGAGAAGGAAAUCUGAGAACAAAAGCAAGAUUUUCUUAAGCGAACUCUCUUAAGAAAUUCUAAGCUAUUUAAUCUUGGGAAUUAGAGCCAGUUAUGUAAACACAUCACACCAAUGUAGUCUCUCAGAUAGUGUUUUUCUCUUGGCUUUGUGGCAGAAAGGCUGCUGCUCUUUGGAAUCUUCUUCCCAGACACCUUCCAAUUUCUGCCAACUCUUAACAACAGAGUAGAGGGGGGUUGACCACUAUUAACAAGUAAUAGAAGAUAUAUGACAGCAGAUCCGUGGAAAAUAC